AUGAACCAGACACACCAUCAUUGGCAGCCCUGUGCUGUGGGAACACAGACCGUAGGCCUCCAGCACCAGGCUGUGCCAUUUUCGCUAACCGCCGGCCGGCCUGUCACCACCAGAGAUGCCCAGCCUCAAGCGGGGACGUUGACGCGGGCAACGGCAGACAUCGACACAUCAACGACGUGA